GAUACUAGAGCAGAUGGCCUGACUUGUGUCAGGAACUUGGAAUUGGCAGACAUAUUUUUGGCUUUACAGAACUCAACAUUUGAAGAGGCAGCAGAAGGAUGAAGGAAGGGUCAUGUCUAGUUAAUACAAUUAUAUACAUCCAAAGGUAGGCAAUCUGAACCAAUCAGAGAAAGUUCAAUUCGGCGACUUGGUGGGGCCGGUAUAUCAACCAAUAAAGAGUGAUUAAACUCGGCGACUACGUGGAGAAUAUGCCUCUUUAGGAUAAUGAAACCUUCACGACUGACCACACCUUCUCUUGCGGCUAUGAACAUUUGACGCUACCUGUCUGAAUGUGUUCGUACCGACAUGCCGCGAAAUGCUCCUACUAAAGUCGCUUGUUGGCGAUGUCACCAGCGAAGAGUCAAGUGCGACCGAAGCGAAGGCGUGCCGUGUUCGCAGUGUCGGGUUGCCCGAAGCAACUGUGAACCCAUACUCUCCCGCCGUGGACGACACCGAAAAUUGCCGGUUGCUGAUGUGCUCACAACUUCAACACAAUCUGUAUCGCCCAACUUAAGAGGCUCGUCAACCAUUAGAGCUUCAGGCCCAACCCACUCCAGAUUCACUGGGUUCGUUGGCAGUCGGCAAGAAGGCCAUGAAAAGCUUCGUACCAGGCUGACUGAUACUGAAUCAAGCUUAACAUCGCCUCUACCAGCUCUCCGGUCCUGUGGCAAAACUCCCUAUGUGGCCGACUCCUCUAACAUCAAUUAUCUUAUUCGAGAGUUUGGCCUCCCUUAUCAAAACACCACGGAUGCCCCGUCUAUCGAGGAAUACCUUCAUAGAGCCAUGUUAGAGCGGCUUGAUCAACCGACAAUACAAUAUAUCGAGGGCCGUCGAAGCUUCACUGUUGGGCGGCUCAAGAACGAAGGAGCUUUCGAUCUGCCACCGAAAGAAAUAAGCUCUGCUCUACUGAACGUCUUUUUCCAACAUCCCUUUCCUUCACUGCCGAUUAUCGAGCGAUCCGAUUUCAUGAAAAGUAUUGAAACAGGCACUGUGUCACAUUUGUUGUUGAAUGCGAUAUACAUGGUUGCCACUAUUUACUGCCCUGAUUCUAUCAUUUACGAAGCUGGUUUUGUAUCCCGCUUUAUUGCUAGUCUCACGUUCUAUCAUCGAGCCAAGGACAUUUAUGAUGCUGGGUAUGAAACCGAUGCAAUCGCGGUAAUACAAGGAACUUUUCUUCUUGCCCAUUGGUGGAGCGACCCCCUCGAACAGAAAGAUCCGUGGUAUUGGCUGGGUGUAACAACAGGGAUGGCGCAGGCGCUAGGUAUGCAUCGACUGAAAUCGUAUUCUCACCUUCAAUUGAGUCAUCGCAGGCUGUGGCGAAGGCUAUGGUGGAUAGUCUAUGCCGCGGACAUUAACUUGUCCAUGGGUCUCGAUAGAGUACCCCACGUACGUGAUGACUUCUGUGAAAUAUCUAUACUCACAGAGGAUGAUUUCGAAGAAUCCCCAGCCCUCAAUUUCCAUGAUUCCUUUGGGGGAACAGUCAACGAGCAAGUGCUUUUCGUGAUACAUUAUGUCCAACUUGCUAGAACAGUGAAUAUUCGCCAUCCUUUCCAGGCGUACGAGGGAACUACCCCCUCACCGAACAAUUUUCUUGAAAGAAUCUCGUCUUGGUCUUUGUUGCUUCCGUCCGAACUGCGAUUCUCGUCUUCGAGUAGAAGUGUGUGGGCUAUAUUGACUCAACUGACCUAUGAUCAGUAUCAACUUCUUUUCUGUCGAAAGAUGCCAGACGCUGCACAGAACAUGGGCCCAGGUUCUCCCAUAUUUGAAAUAUGCACAAGGUUGUUCCGCAUGCUCGAAGACUUGGUGACGAGCGGUACCUUGUUUUCUGUUGCUGGUCACGUACUACCCGCCGUAAUGUCGUCACUCUGUUUCCAUAUCGCGAACAUCAGCAGGGGUGACCCGCAAGUCAGAUCUAGUUCCGAGCAUCGAGCGCGUUUUUGCCUGCUCAUUCUCAAGGACCUACAAGCCUCAUGGCCGAUCAUUGCUUCUGUUUACCCUUUUUUCACAUCAAUAUUCAGACGACAGUCCGGCUUGUCCUUUUCGGAAUGCGAGAAGAGUGAAUCGGUGUGUUCUCAACCGAUUCAACGAAUAGACGACACUGGGUGUUGCAGUGAGGAUGUUGUCCAUACCGCAGAAGCAGGCGCUUGGAUGUAUGAGCGGUUUCUACAUGAUGAAAAUUCAGCCGUUAUUAAUUCCGCAUUUCCGUUCACCUCUCUUUUUGAAGACGUCUUUCUCACCACGCCUCUCAACGACUCUACACCGUAAUGUGGCGUUUCUGGAAUUCCAUCCUAUGUGAUGAGGCUUAGUCAUG